CGGCCCACCCGCCUCCUGUUCACUCAGGACAAGGAUUUCUCGCAAUGUACGCCACACUACUGCUCGCGCUCCUCCUGGGAGCAGUAGCAUUUGCCAACUCUGAAGAGACUCACAAAUGGCCAAGCUGGAAUAACUACGGCAAAGGAGGUGCAAGAUGUGCAAGAGCAUUUGAUCUCCAACUGCCCUUCCGAGUGCGGUGUCGGUAUCUCUGCAAAGGAUGGCCAGUCCGUGCUGUUAACGAACCUGACGGAGAGCCUUGCGCUGCUCUCUUUCGUGGAACUGGAAAGUGCCAGAACGGACGCUGCGUUGUAGGUAGUUCGACAUGGUCCGUCUCCAGGCCAGACACGGAAUUGGCCGGGAGGGGAGGAACCGAACCCACCCCAGAAACAAGCACAGAGCCCCAGGGUGGAAGCGAAGCCGAAGGAGAACAACCUGUCACUGAGGCAGCGCCAGAAAACCCCGUCGAUGUGGGCACAACUGCGCCAGAAGCACCUGCUGAGCCCGAACCUGUCCCUGAACCUGAAGAGCAACCUGGAGUGCAGCCCGAGACGCAGCCUGAAUUGGCUUCGGCACCCGAGGGAAGCGACGCUUCGAGCGACGAAACGGCACCAGCAGCGGAAGCAGAACCGGCUCCUCAACAGGAGGAAGCCCAGCCUGAAGCGCAACCUGAGGUCACGCCAGAACCUCAACCCGAAGCACAGCCUGAUGCCCAGCCGGAGCCUGAAGCGCAGCCACAGCCAAAAGGAGAGCCCCAGCCAGAAGCACAACCUGAACCACAACCCGAAGCGCAACCAGAGCCACAGCCUGAACAACAGCCAGAGGCGCAGCCUCAGCCAGAGCCUGAAGCGCAACCCGACGGCUCACUCGAAGCACAACCCGAACAGCCAGCGGCGCAGCCUGCGGAAGCACCGGUCGAACAACCACAACUUGCGCCAGAAGGCCAACCAGGCGGCGCUCCCCAGCCCGAGCCGCAACCAGGCGGCUACGUUGAAAACGAGGUUCCUCAAUAAAAGAACAGUUUCAUAACUGUUAGGUAACGUUCAGAGA